GUCAAAGCGACCGAAAUCGGUAAUAAAGAGGGUAGCAGAGUGCUGCUGGCAACAGUGACCAGUCUAAGUGCGCUUGCUACGGACAUGCUUACGCUAGUCGCGUUGUGUGUUGCUCUGCUGCUCCUGCUGUGGUGGUUCUGCACUGCCACUAGCAGCCGUCAGAACAAAUCCAAGUUGUCUUCGACAAUAAACGGUCCUAAGCCCUGGCCCGUGAUCGGCUCCCUGCAUUUGCUCGGCACCCAUGAGACCCCGUUCCAGGCCUUUACGGCCCUCAGCAAACUCUACGGUGACAUCUUCAGCAUCAAUUUAGGAUCGUCGCGCUGUGUCGUUGUCAACAACCUUGAUCUUAUUAGGGAAGUGCUCAUCACCAAAGGCAGUGACUUUGGCGGAAGGCCCGAUUUUCUGCGCUUCCACAAACUGUUCGGAGGAGACAGAAACAACUCUCUUGCCCUUUGCGACUGGUCAGCUCUGCAGAAAACAAGAAGGAGCAUCGCCAGGACCUAUUGUUCGCCACGAUUCACCUCUCUGCAAUACGACACCGUAUCGCAAGUGGGCAUCGACGAAAUGAACGUUUUCAUUAAAGAACUACAAAAACUACCCACAGAACAACCGUGCGACAUCAAGCCUGUAGUACUGGCGGCUUGUGCGAACAUGUUCACGCAAUACAUGUGCUCGACAAGCUUCUCCUAUGAUGACAGGGAGUUCCAAAAAGCUGUACGAUUCUUCGACGAAAUAUUUUGGGAGAUAAACCAGGGCUACGCCGUCGAUUUUCUGCCGUGGCUUUUACCAAUUUACAAAGGCCACAUGGAAAAAAUAUCCAACUGGGCCAAAGAGAUCCGUCAAUUUAUCCUAUCGAGAAUCAUCGAUAAACAUCGUUCUACCUUGGACUACAACAGCCCGCCAAGAGACUUUACAGACGCCCUCCUAAUGCAUCUGGAAGAAGACCCGAACAUGAACUGGGAACACAUCAUUUUCGAGUUGGAAGACUUUAUCGGUGGUCAUUCCGCCAUAGGAAACCUAGUUAUGGUUACUUUGGCCUCCAUAGUCAACCACCCUGAAGUGGGAAACCGCAUUCAAAAAGAAAUUGACACCGUCACCCGUGGAACUAGACUGCCGAAUCUCUUCGAUAAAGCCGCGAUGCCCUACACUGAAGCCACAAUCUGGGAAACAUUGCGUAAGGCUUCCUCCCCGAUAGUGCCCCAUGUGGCUUCGUGCGACACCGAGAUAGACGGCUUCACAGUGGAAAAAGGCACGUUGAUCUUCAUCAACAACUACGAGUUGAAUUUGGGCGAGCAAUAUUGGGUCGAUCCCGAAGAGUUCAGGCCCGAAAGGUUUCUAACGGCAUCUGGCAACGUGGUUAAACCCGCUCACUUCAUACCCUUCAGCACUGGCAAAAGGACGUGCAUCGGCCAAAGGCUCGUACAAUGUUUUAGCUUUCUAAUAGUGACCACUUUGCUUCAGCAAUACAAUCUUGCCACCAACGGCGUGGCUAAGACCAAGCCCGGUUGUGUGGCAGUACCUCCUGACUGCUUUAAGUUCAUCCUAACACCGCGAACGAAAGAUGAUCAUUAAGUGAUCAAUUUUUUGCACCAAAAUGCACCUGAUGAGUUUGUAGCUUUUAAUCAUUUAAUUCUUUUUCCGAAUCUUAUACUUAGAAUUGGUGCUAAGCUUAAGUUUUUUGGUCUUGAGAAUUAAUCUUAAUUGAUGACUUUGGUCUGAGUGUUCAACCCAACUAGCAUCAAUAAUGGUAACAGGUUUUACGGCUACAUAUGUACUGAC